CACGGGGCCUCGCGGCUCCCGCGGCCCGGUUCCCCCGCCUUCGGAGCCCAGCGCCGCCGCCAUGUCUUCCGGGGCCAGUGUGAACGCCCUGCAGCGCCUGGUGGAGCAGCUAAAGCUGGAGGCCGGCGUGGAGAGGAUCAAGGUCUCGCAGGCGGCUGCAGAGCUGCAGCAGUACUGCAUGCAGAAUGCUUGCAAGGAUGCCCUGCUGGUAGGUGUUCCAGCUGGAAGCAACCCCUUCCGGGAGCCCAGAUCCUGUGCUUUAUUCUAAAGACCGUAAGGAAGAAGUUCACUGAGGAAUGCUUUUAAGCGCAAAGUGAUGAAUAACUAACUGCCUCCAAGUCUCAAGAAAACACUUUCUCCAGCCAAAUGACUUAGAUAUUUCAGACCUUUCCUUGGCCUGGUCCUAUAGCCAAAAUUUUAUAGAAAUUGAUGAGUUUUUACUCAGAUAAGGAAACUGGGUGAGGGGGAAGACUUUAGAUAAUAAUGGCCAGACUCUUUUUUGGUAAAGUGCUUUUAUAUUUAAGACAAACAAAAAUGUUACCACCAAAUACACCUCUUUCAUAAGCAAAUUACUGGUGUUUCUAUUCCUGGAAUAUUGUUUGUUUUAUUUACUGGAUGUUUACAUUUUGGGAAGGCAAACAUUUUUGUUUGUUUAAAAAUUGAAUAUUUGUAAUUUGUUGUUCCCAAGAUUUUUAUACCAUAACAAAACUUGUUCUUUUCUCCUGAAUUUACAGUUUCUAAAUGAAGAUAAGCAAGUAUAAAACUGGGGGAAGAGUAGGCUUUGUUAAUCAAAUGCUGUCUUGAUUUUUCUAAAUGAGAAGAUUCUUUCAUUUGUAACACUAAACAUAGGAGCUGUUUCUUAGCAAACUCGUUUGGAAAGAUUCAUGUUGUGUUUUGUAUUAGAUUGCCCCAUCCAGUGUCUGAAGCAGAUUUGGUCUUUGUUUUCUUAAGUUCCUCUACUUUAUAGUUGUGGUUGUACUUAAAACAA